ACCUCUCCGGUGCGGAGCGUGGGGAGCUGAGCGUGGGACUGGCCGGGGCGUGGAGCCUGGGGCUUGCGCGCCCGACUCCUGGGCCGCUAUAUCAGGCCCGCCCCGGUCCGGAGCGUCCCUUCCCGACCCCGGGCAGCCCCCAGUAAAGCCUGGCGCGCGCUCGCUUCCCGGGAGGGCGGCCCUGGCCAUGGCGGCCGCGGCCCUGGCGGGCGGGGCCCCCUUCGGCCCUGCACUCGAGCUGCUACCGGGACUGCGCGCGCCGGCCCGGGCGCGCCCGGUGAGUGCGGGGCCGGCGCUACGAAGCUGGCUCGGCUCUGCCCGGUGCUCUAGGUCCAGAGGAGGGGCGGAGGGGGCAGUGCGGCGGCCGGGAAAUCGGGGUACAGCCCAGAGUGGAGGGUCCGGAGGAACAGGCAGGGAGCAGAAUGAAUUCGACAGCCCCCAGACUUGCGCCAGCCGGGGAAACACACGUGCGGCUGCACAGGCAUGAGCCAAGUGCUGGGGAGGAGGUGUUCACAGAGUGCUGUGCGCAGCGACGAAUGUCCAGAAUUUCCAUAUCACUGGUUUUAAGAGAGCUGGUUAUGUUUGAGGAGUCAGUGACCUUCGAGGAUGUGGCCGUCUACUUCUCUGAGAACGAAUGGAUCGGCCUGGCCCCUGCUCAGAGGGUCCUGUACAGGGACGUGAUGCUGGAGAAUUAUGGGGUUGUGGCUUCCCUGGCAUUUCCAUUUCCCAAACCGGCUCUGAUUUCCCAGCUGGAGCGAGGGGAAGCGCCCUGGUGCAAGGCUCCUCAGGGAGCUCUGGAUGGAGAGUGCCCGAGGGGCGUCUCCACAGGAUAUCCAUUUCUGAAGCCUGCUGCGAUCUCCCAUCUUGAACAGGUGGAAGAGCCGUUGAACCUGAAACUGCAAGGAGAGGGUCCAAGCCUAAUCUGUACUGAGGGUGUGUUGAAGAGUGAGAAAGAAGAUUUUAUUCUGAAGGAGGAAGGUUUUGAGGAGGCAAAAGACCACAUGGUGCUAUCAAGUGGACCCUGGUGGUGUGGUUCCCAGGAAUUCUGGUUUGGGAAAACCUGUGAGGAGGGGAAAAGCAGGUUAGGGAGGUGGCGCAACUACUCCAAUGGGAAAAGUGUGGAGAACACUGCAAAUGAUGUUAUAGAAGUGAUUGUCAAAGAUGAGAUGAUCUCAGGAGAAGAUGGUUCAGAGAAUACUGAUGUUAAUACUCACCUUGUUAUACAUGAGAAGAUUCUCAGUGAGCAGGUAUUCUGUAUAUGUGAAGAAUGUGGCAAGUGUUUUGAUCAAACUGAAGACUUUGACCAACAUCAGAGAGUUCAUAAUGGAGAGAAGAUCUAUGGUUGUAAGGAAUGUGGGAAGACUUUCAGUUUUAGAUCACAUUGCCUUGCACAUCAGAGAAUUCACACUGGGGUGAAACCCUAUGUGUGUCAAGAAUGUGCUAAAGCCUUUGUUUGGAAGUCAAACCUGAUUCGGCACCAGAGAAUACAUACUGGAGAGAAGCCCUUUGAAUGUAAGGAAUGUGGGAAGGGCUUUAGUCAGAACACAAGCCUUACACAACAUCAGCGAAUCCAUACUGGAGAAAAACCGUAUACAUGUAAGGAAUGUGGGAAAAGCUUUACUCGGAACCCAGCCCUGCUUCGACAUCAGAGAAUCCACACUGGGGAGAAGCCUUAUGAAUGUAAGGACUGUGGAAAAGGUUUCAUGUGGAACUCAGAUCUUGCUCAGCACCAGAGGGUCCACACGGGGGAGAAGCCCCAUGAAUGUACUGACUGUGGGAAAAGCUUCAUUUGCAAGGCACACCUUAUCCGACAUCAGAGAAUCCAUACUGGGGAAAGGCCCUAUAAAUGUAAUGAUUGUGGGAAGGCCUUCAGUCAGAAUUCUGUUUUGAUUAAGCACCAGAGGCGCCAUGCUAGAGAGAAACCCUGUAAUUAUCACACCUCUCACCUUCUUGAACGUUAGAGAAGGCGUAAGGGUGAUGCUUGUUUAUAAUUCUUAUGCUACAGGAGCACCAGAGACAAAACGAGAUGACUGUCCACGGUUUGUUAUAACUCUAAUAGUCAGUAUUAUCUUGCCCCUUCUGAACAGAUACCCUGUACUCUAGCAAGAUGGUCCCACUGUUCAACCAUGUUCAUGCUAGGCAACUUUUAGUUGAGCAUCUGCUCUGUCAGGCACUUGCUAACCACUUUACAUACAUUCUUUUGUUUUUCUUAAUCCUGUUAAGGUAGGUACUCAUCCUCAUUUUACUAAUGGGAAGUCUGAGGUUGAAAGAAGUUGUAAAACUCACUCAAGGUUACUCAGCUAAUAUGUUACAGAAUAGAGAUUGGAAUCAGG